CACUAAUGACACGUAUUCAAAAUGGCGGCCGCGGCUAUGGAGACGUGGUGGGCCUUGCUGCUUUUGUCCUCGUUGCCUGCUGUUCGGCCUUUCUAUGUACCCGGAGUCGCUCCCCGGGACUUCCAUGAGGGUGACGUAGUAGAUCUUAAGGCAGUAAAGCUGACCAGCUCCCGCACCCAGCUUCCUUAUGAAUACUACUCCCUGCCUUUCUGUAAGCCAGCCUCUGUUGUCUACAAGGGAGAGAACCUGGGUGAGGUAUUGCGAGGGGACCGUAUUGUGAAUACCCUCUACAAUGUGGAGAUGAACAGGGAUAAGAAAUGUGAGAUGGUAUGCAACAAGAAAAAGCUCAGCAUAGAUGAAAGCAAGCUGGUUGCUGAGCGAAUCCAGGAGGAGUAUUAUGUUCACCUUAUUGCAGAUAAUCUGCCAGUGGCCACCAGGUUAGAGUUUUACCCCAACAGAGAGGCAGGAGGGGAGGAGGAGCAGAAGAAGGAUGUGGUGAAAGAUAUCCAGUUUGAACAUGGCUACAGACUGGGCUUUGUCGACAACAACAAGUUUUAUCUGCACAACCACCUGUCCUUCAUCCUGUACUUCCACAGGGAGAAGCUGGAGCAAGGGGAUGUUCACGACUACAGAGUGGUGCGAUUUGAGGUCGUACCCCAAAGUGUAAAAGUCGAUGAUCUGAAGCCUGUGGAAAAUGACAAAACUUGCACCUUGCCUGAGGCCAGUGGCUCUGCCCCACAGGAGAUUGACCCUACCAAGGAGAACGAGGUCCUCUUCACCUACUCUGUCCACUGGGAGGAGAGUGAGGUGAAGUGGGCGUCUCGAUGGGACACAUACCUGACCAUGAGCGAUGUCCAAAUUCACUGGUUCUCCAUCGUUAACUCUGUGGUGGUCGUCUUCUUCCUGUCUGGUAUUCUGAGUAUGAUCAUUAUCAGGACCUUGAGGAAGGACAUCGCUAACUACAACAGGGAGGAUGACAUAGAAGACACCAUGGAGGAGUCAGGGUGGAAGAAUGUCCAUGGUGAUGUCUUCAGGCCACCUCAGUAUCCCAUGAUCCUCAGCUCUCUGCUGGGUUCAGGGAUCCAGCUCUUUUGCAUGAUCCUCAUUGUCAUCUUUGUUGCCAUGCUGGGCAUGCUGUCUCCAUCCAGUAGAGGGGCCUUGAUGACCACUGCUUGCUUCCUCUUCAUGUUCAUGGGUGUAUUUGGUGGUUACUUUGCUGGCAGACUGUACCGUACACUGAAGGGCCAUCGGUGGAGGAAAGGAGCAUUUUGCACAGCAACUUUGUAUCCUGCCGUGGUUUUUGGAAUCUGCUUCAUCCUCAACUGUUUCAUCUGGGGAGAGCACUCCUCUGGGGCAGUUCCCUUCACUACAAUGCUGGCCCUGCUAUGUAUGUGGUUUGGCAUCUCCAUGCCCUUGGUCUACCUGGGCUACUACUUUGGCUUCCGCAAACAGCCAUAUGAUAACCCAGUGCGCACCAAUCAGAUCCCUCGGCAGGUCCCAGAGCAGCGCUGGUACAUGAACAAGUUUGUCGGAAUCCUGAUGGCUGGGAUCCUGCCAUUUGGUGCAAUGUUCAUCGAGCUCUUCUUCAUUUUCAGCGCCAUCUGGGAAAAUCAGUUCUAUUACCUCUUUGGCUUCCUGUUUCUGGUCUUCAUCAUCUUGGUGGUCUCCUGCUCUCAGAUCAGCAUUGUAAUGGUUUAUUUCCAGCUCUGCGCAGAGGACUACCGGUGGUGGUGGAGAACUUUCCUGGUUUCAGGAGGCUCAGCGUUCUACGUCCUCAUUUACGCCAUCUUCUACUUUGUCAACAAGCUGGACAUUGUGGAGUUCAUCCCCUCCCUCUUGUACUUCGGUUAUACAGCCCUGAUGGUUCUGUCGUUCUGGCUGCUAACAGGCACGAUUGGCUUCUACGCAGCCUACAUGUUCAUCAGGAAAAUCUAUGCUGCAGUCAAGAUCGACUGAGUCGUCACUGUUGCUGCUGUUCUCGUUGUUUUUUGGUUUUUUGAUUUUCUUUGUUGUUGUUUUUUUUGUCGCAUUCUGUUUUUUUAAUGUAUAUAUUUUUUAUUCUUCAUGUCCAACAAGCACUGACUUGUGUGUAGAGGGAAUGAGAGGGGUGCUUUUUAUGGCGCAACAGCCCCACCCACUGGCCUCAUGGGGAAGAACAGCAAGGUGGCAGAGCUAAACCGGCUGUCUCUCUCCCUGUCUCUCUCCCUCUCGCUUCUACCCCCCCCUCCUCUUUCCAGGACAGAGACUCCGAGGGAAUUAUUCUCUGAUGGGACAGUUAAUGUCUCCUGCUGUUUCACCUUGCACACAACAAAGUGGGCCAAAGCUUGUCAAAUGAUGGUUUCUGCACAUUUUUGUUUUGUUUAUUCAUUUGUGUUAUAAGUCUAACUUAUCCAGUUUUUUUUGUCGUCACAGGAUUUGUCUUUGACCUUAUUUCUUCCAAUCAUCUUCAUGUCUCAUCUGAUUUCUUUACAUUACUUCUGUCUGUACAUCGUCUCUGUUUUCAGAUGUCACUUUGGUUUUAUUUCAGAGACUUUGGAUGACAAGGAAGGAUCGGGGAGUCUAACUGUGGUUAUGGUGUUGUUGUGUUGAACUAAUAUAGAUGGAAAUUAUGCUGGGAAGUUCUACAUUGUAACACAAGAAAUGAUAAAUUAAAUGUUCUGUUAUUUUUACCCCAGUUUCCAUGUCCUGGUGUGACCAUGUUAACCACAACUGUAAUCAAGAUAUUCGCUUCUCCUUCCAAAACAAUGGGUCUCUUAUAAAUGUCAAAAUAUUGGUCCAUUCACUCUAAAUGAUGCAGAACAGCUCUGAAUGGGACUAUGAACCCGAUGCCCUAAAGCAGCGGACUGUGGGGUGAAGCUACUGGAGUUGGAGAAAAAGGAAAGGCUACAGACUACCCAAAAAGACAAGGACCAACCUUGUGUAUUUGGAAGUCUACAACACAAAUAUGUGUUUGAAGCUUUUCCAGUAGAAACGUACAAAAAAAGUACAACUGUUUCCGCUCAUUAACCGUGCCGUCAGUGUAGCCUUAGCAGUGCUGGACGCCUGCUGAACUAUGCAGUAAUGGAAAGAAAGAAGUGCAAAAUUGCUGUUUGUGAUGGUUUUUUCAAAGGACCUUUUUUUUGUUGAGAAAUGAUGCCUCAUUUCUUUAAGUUUGAAUCAAAUGUAUGAUACAUUUUUGUGUAUAAUAUGAAAAAAACUCUGAAAGCCAGCAGGAUCACCUCUGUGUGUUUCUACCUAUAGUGGUAGAUACUGUAUCAUUUUUGACAGUGCUUGGGUCUCAUGGGUUGCAGAGCAUUGAAAUGUAAUCCAGUGUUCUUAAUAGAUCUGUAUAGUAAUAAUGUAUUCUUAAAUUACAGCUCAUGUUUUUUCCCUUCUUUUCAAAGGAUGUUCUUGGGGGUUUCAAAAAUGUGGUUAUAUUUUUUCUGUGUUUCAUCAGCAGAAAACUUUAAAAUUGCAUUUAGAGCUUGGGUGCAGUCUUAUUACAAAUUUAGUUUGGCAAGCAAUUCAAGCUAAGGGCUUCCCAAAGACAACUAGUGUAUGUUGCUGUAGCUAAAUUACACAAUAUAUAUUAAUUACAUUACAUCAUAAUCAUGAAAUUAAAGGAACAGCUUGACAUUUUGUGAAAUACACGUAUUGUCUUUCUUGCCAAGGGUUAGAAGACUGAGUGUAUAUCCCAAAAUGACAAAGUAUUCCUUGGGAGAUAACACAGGCGGAUCAUCAUGGUUCUAACUUUACUAUAUAUCUCAAGCACAGAACAGAUAGUGCUCUCUGCUGCCCUAACACGAGUCCAUUAGAACACUGGUAUAUAAUUACAGUAUAGUCAAUGGUCGAUGUUAGCGGCCAGAUUUUGGUCCAAAGAGAAUAUUCUAAAGACAAGCAGAGAAGAUACUUUUGCAUCAAGCCUCACAGGCUCCUGAACAAAUAACGCCUCAUUUCCACAUAGUUUUGUUUACGUAUGCGAGUCAACUGGGAGUCCAUUCAUUCUGAAGAGAAUCUCCAUGAUCUCUGAUGUGUUUGAGAAACUCGUCCUUCCAAUUUUAUUGUCCUGAAUUUGUCUCUAGUGCAUUGAAAAAAAAUUGAACCAUUGCGGCAGAUUUCAGUCAGAAUGUAUGUAGUGCAUAGUUUCAGUAAUGACUAGAUA